AUGUCGUUCGGUGAAUCGGGCUCCAGUUUGCCCCCUGCGCCCCGUGAGGUGGCGGCUCUCUUGGCGCUUCUCCCCCAGUUUGAUUGUCUUGAUACAUUUCUAAAUCUUUUCCAUGCAACAUGUAGUGACCGUAGCAGUGGAAGUGGUGCUGAUUUUGUAGCUGGUUUCCUUUUCGGAGGUGCAGUAUUUGGAACACUUGCAACCAUGUUUGCUCCACAGAUUCGAAGAUACUUGCUUAAUGAAGAUGAAUAUGGCUUCAUAAGGCCGAGAGGACCAAUUUACUAUGAUGAAGGUUUCGAGAUAAGGCACACACUUAAUGAAAAAAUCAGCCAACUCAACUCGGCCAUUGAGAAAAUAUCAUCCCGUUUGAGAGGUGGCAAUAAUUUUCCCCAGGUGCCGAUUCCUACUGAUGCUGAAGAAGCUGCUCCAUAUUAA